AUUUAGCAUGCUUUGAAAAUGGACGUCACUUUCAAUAAAUUCCAGUUCUUAAGCACUUAAGUUUUCUUAUUUUUAAUUUUAAGUUCUACAUUUUGGGGUUUUUUAAUUUUUAAAGAUUUUAUUUUCAAGCUAAAUUGAAAAAUUUUACGUAUCAAGGAAAAUCCUCGUCAUUCAUUAGCUUAGCAUGUCCAAGAAUUAAUUACACAAAAAAAAAACAGAUCGACUACAACAGUGGCUACUUUGGAGCGUAUUCCAACUAAACCUUUUGAAGAUUUUCUAACAGCCAACUUGACUCCAAUCGGUAGACCAUUUGCAGAUGCUCGGAAUGCCAGAGUUUAAGAUACUUCCGAAGAGGUUGCUUAAAGUGAUACUUUUCAUAUUCAGCGUUUGCUUUGUUGGAUGUGGGGCUAUCAGCAUUAUAUUUGGAGCAAUGUACAUAGUGAGGACUGAACCAAUCAGAUCCAUCAAAGAAGUCUCGAAGGAUUUGCAAACUGGCUUCAUUGCCUGGGGUGUCAUUUCACUUGGCAUUCUCAUGUUUAUAGUGGCUAUUCUUGGCUUCGUGGCGAUUAUUACUGAAGAAAAAUAUCUUUCAGUUUCUUUUGCCAUUUCUUUGGUGAUCUGUGUAGCUUUGAGCAUUGUUUUAUGCGUUUCCGCUUUCUCGUCGGAGAAUAAAAUGUUUGAUGGUAGUGUUCGUAGCAGGCUCGAAAAAGUUUGGACCAGGAAGGAUGAAAGCCGAUUUGAGAUCAACUUACACGAAGUACAAGGGGAAACUGUUAAUUUUAUUCAAUCAACUUUCAAAUGUUGCGGAAUUGAUGGACCGGAUGACUACAAAAAUUCGACAAUUCCAUCCACCUGUUGUCCACGGACGCCAAAGGAGUGCAAAUAUGAAGACGCUUACAAGUCAGGGUGCCAGAAAUCUCUACAGAUCACAUUGUCUAGAUAUGCCGACUAUGUCAAAUAUGCUCCAAUCUUCGUUCUGAUUGCAGAAAUUGCUGCGACGAUAUUUGCGAUUUGCUACUCGAUUAUCUUAUUUGGGUACACAAAUCAAGCAAUGGCUGCGAAUAUGACACCCCCACUAUUUUAAGACCACUUAAUCCAUUUUAUGUGUACAUGCAAAGAUGAAUGAAAUUUUUAGUCACUUUCAAA